AAAACUAAAAACUCCACUGUCUGUCUGUCUCUGUCUCUGUUCUUUAAAAUCUUUUUUGAGUUUUUCAAGGUUUUUGAUUAAAUGGUUUCUUUUUCAGCUUUAUUUGAUCUUAUUUUUUGUUCAUUUAAUCUAAUUUUGUUUGCUUUAGCUGUCUGAAUCUUCGAAAUCUUGUCUGCUUUGCUUGAGGUUUUAAUCUUUCCUGUAAAUUCUUUGUUAAUCUUUGUCUAAUUUUGUGUUCUUGUUGUUUAAGGUUUCUUGAUUCUGUCUUUAAUUGAGCUCUGGUCAUUAAAAAAACCCAGCGUUGACCUUGGAGUUGAAAUGUCAAAAUUGGAUUUAAUAACUUAACUAAAUUAAAGAAAGAUUGGAUUUUUUUGUUUUGGGUAUGUUAGUUCUUACUUGGGUAGCUGGUGUUUAAUAGUAAAGUUUGUUUUUUUUGUUUUAAUUAUUUUUGGGUUAAUUCUGUUCGAUAAAAUCAGUUUUUAUUUUUUGUGUUUGUGUCUGUGUGUGUGUGUUCUGUGUGAUUAAUUGGCAAUGGAUAAGGAUGUAAUGGAGGCUAAUGGUUUUAAAACUGAGCCUUUGAUUGCCGGAGACAGUGAAAAACUCGAGAAUCACGAUGAUGAUGGAGAAGACGAUAGUGAAUCGAAUACGUUGUUGCCUCCCAGAAGAGGAGGGAUGUCGAGGAAUCCAGAAAGAGUGAGGAGAAAAGUUCAAUGGAAUGAUAAUAAUGGCAAUAAACUUGCUGAGGUUUUAGUGUUUGAACCGAGUGAUAAUAGUGAUUCUGAUGAAGAGGAGACGGAUUCUUGCAUCUGUACCAUAAUGUAGAUACUUUAAUACAAUGUUUUGUAUAUAAAUAUGCGGGUUAUGUUGAUGAAAGCGAGUGUGCGGGAACUUUUGUUGCAAAGACUGGGAGUUUUAAUGAUUGAGACGGCAACAUGUCAUGCUUUCCAAGUUUCGUGCUGCUUGUCGAAAUGAAUCUUAACAUACCAGCUUGUGAAUUCUGACGAUUUUUAUCCCAAGCAGCUAUGAGCUGCCAUACAUCAGAGGAACUGAAGCAGAAAGCAAUCGUGACAACCAAGCUUAUACGAUAUACUGAAGGUGUAUUUCAACUAAACAAUUUUAGUCUUACCAACACAUGUUUGAUAUGUGACAAAUGAAGCUUACUCAAGAUUACUUUUGAUAAUUGUUUGCUGAGUUACAGUUGCUUCGAACUCAAAUCAUUUAAUUUACAACGCUUUCUGAGUA